CCACCUAGAGUUUGUACAGGUAGAUUAUGAAAAUAUCUUCAACAUAUCUUUUUAAUCUGAAAAAUGUGCAUUUGAAAAUGAAACAUAUGGCGCAGACGAGUUCUACCUUCUUUUUUUAAAUUUCCAAUGCAUCUGGCCUAUAAGCAUUUUGGCCUUCGAUUAUUUUUUGAAGCGCUAUGCAAAUUCAUGCAACAUGCAUGCAAUAUUGUCAUGAAUUUAUUGAUGAGAUUUCUUCGCGUGGUGUAUCGUAAUAAAGCCUACAAAGAAUUAUUUAGAAAUGCACCCUCACGUAAGCACUAAAACUCACCUACUUUGUUGGAAAUUCUGCAGUCUUGUUUCGACAACACUUAACUUCGUGAUGGUAUACGAGUCACCAUACGGUGACUGUUGAUAUUAUUCCUACACGUAAGGCCAUCACUCAGACUGACCCUUCGGACGCUAGAUAUAAGGAAGCUGUUGGAGUCUAUGUGGAAAGGAUUUUCAUGACAAUCGCAAGGAAUUCGGAUAUCAAGCUGAGAGUAUAAUAUCUGAAAGAAAUGGCUGUCGAUGUCACCCAAAUCCUGAAGUAUUCAAUGAGCACUAUCUGUGCCGUGGCCGCAAUCGAGAAUCUCCUCGCGAUUGCAGUGUUUGCUGGGACUAAAAAGCUCCGCAACAAAUACCACGUCUUCGUCUUCAACUUGGCGCUGGCUGACUUGAUCUUCUCCGUCCUUGCCGUAGUAAAUCCCUGGCGGUCAUCAAACAUUCUCGACGGACUUCUCACCGGAGCUUACAUAGUCUCAAUUUUGACUAUUCUAGCCGUUGCUAUCAAUCGUUAUCUGGCCUUGUCCCUCAUGCAACCGGCUCGCUACGAUUCACUGGUGACUGGGCGCCGUCUGAUCGGACUUUGUAUGAUUUGUUGGUGUUCAAGUUUCGUGUAUGGUUUAGUGAUGUACAAUGCUGUCCCAGAUUGGGUUUUGGAUACAGUGCACUACUUUGGAGGUUCACUGGCAGGAUACAUUGUGUGGGUUAUCACAGUGAUUGUUUAUUACCUGGCUUUCCGUAAGAUCAAACAGUAUACUCCACCUCUUGCAUCCGCGGCAGGCAUCAGUGCCAAUGCGGAGCGCGAUCAAACCCGAGUCAGGCAGACUCGUCGUUUACUGGUCAUGUUUGUUCUCAUUCUUGUGACGUCAUUCGUUUCUUGGGCUCCUGCAUUCGCGCUAAGGGUGAUUGUAUUCUUCGAUCAAUCUCUUUGGCGGGAUAGAAUCUUCUUGGCAAGUAUUUGGGGGAGUUACGUGCUGUACACUCUCUCUACUGUGAUCAAUCCGUUGAUAUACUGGUGGCGAUUGGAUGGUUUCAGAGAGGGGUUUUAUGCAAUGUUCUGUCGUUGUAAAGCAGAAACUCAAGAAAUCGAAGGUGACGUUACGACAUUCGAGAACACAGCUGCUGAGACCGGUUUGUAAAUGAUGAAAUAUAAUACCACGAACGGAGAGUCACAAUUGUAGAUCUAGGCAUAUACAGGGUGAGUCAGAAUGAUCUGGACCCAGGUUCAUAUUUUUUUUGGUAGCAAAUUGAGUAUAUUGGUUUCCUUGUCUUCCACAGGAAUUUUUAAUUUUUCAAAUUAGUGGCUGGGGUGAAGGGUUAUGCCAUUGAAGUGGCUUAUUUUGCAGUCUGCACAUGGAAUUGGUUUUUCCUUCAAGGAAUCUAGGUUUUUGUACACUUCAUUGGUCAUGAAACCGUGGUCAGCGUGUGUUCUUUGCAAGCACUUUUCUUCAGAAAUUGUACAAUGGAUAUACAUGUGUACAUGCAACUUUUACCAAUAAAUGUUCAAAAUACCAGGUUAUGGGGCCUGUAACAUAUCUCACUUGCACUUGUUUUGAUCAAUGUUAUUAUUUUUUAAUAUUUUAUUAAUUUGGGACCAGAUCAUUCCGACUCGCCUUGUAUUAAGACAUCUUUCGGUUACAACUUCCGAACAGACGUCUUUGCCGUGAUGCUUUUUUCCAUCCGUAUACCUAUAUUCAGUUUGUACUUUCUUGUCCAUCUCGAAAGGGUCAAGGGUGUUUUUUGUGUGGCAAAUUUAAAUGUAUUAACGGCAACUCAUGCCAAACUUAAUACAGUCCUUACAAGAGAUAGUUAGUAUUUCGUAAUCUUUGGUGUCUUGAUGAUCAAAGCCAUAUCGUACAUGAAGAAAAAAUACCUUUGCUUAAAAAUUCAUAAACAAAAUUUAUUCACGCAUAAAAGAUAUUACACGUAUAUGCAGUAUGUUAUUGCAUAUCAUUAGUUUGUUAUUGUAAUUAUUGAAUUAGUAUUCUAUUUGAAUAUUGUUAGUUUGUUAUUGUAAUUAUUGAAUUAGCAUGUAUAUUAUUAGUUUGUUAUUGUAAUUAUUGAAUUAGUAUUCACAUUAAUUAUUGAGUAGGAUGGUUAAAAUUCAAAUCGAUAUGUAUUGAUGUAAUUAAAUGUGGUUAUAGGUCUGCAUUUAUCAUAGUCGCGGAAUAUCAUUAGGCCGUUAUUUAAAAUAAAUGGUGAAAUGGAAGAAGACGUAUCGUAUUUUUAAGAAAAAUCCCUUCUUCCUAAGCAAUAAAUGUGACAAUAUACGUUUAAAAGUGUUAAUUUCCCCUUUUGAUAUAUACUUUCAAUAGGAAUACGAGGUCGUUUUAUAAAUUCUGAAUUGUAUUGCUAUAUCGUUCAUUCUGAAGUAUUACAAAGACAGACAUAAUGUUGGUGAAAUUACUGCAUUGGCGUA